GGUGGAUCAGAUGUCAGAUCCCUGACUGUAAUAGCAAUCUCGCGUGGAGAUUCCCACAGCCUCCGUGGGAGUCAUUCUUACGACUUAAUAACACAGCCACAUUGACAGACGAGACCGAGACAGCAGAAAAAAGGUGCCAGAGACAGAGCUGUCGCUAUUUUGAUUGAGCGGUGAGAGGGCGGGAACCGACUCGGAUCUCCGUAUUUUUGUCACACUCAGAGAACCAUGGCCACGAGCAGGACUGGGAUACAGCUGCAGUUUCUGCUGUACUCGGUGUCAGCCUACCUUUCACCGUAUAAUCUGAAUAAUAUCCUUCCUAUUCCUACAGGCCAGGAUCCAAGCGAUGUCUUGAACAGAUUUGACCCUUGUUGUCUGUUAACUCCGCCUCCACCUCCUUUGUUCCCGCCUCCUCCUGGUGUUUGGAAGAGAGAACCUGCCCUGCCUCGUCCUGUGGUGAGGGUAAUUGAGAAAGAUGAGGAUGAGGAGGAGCAGGUCAAGGAACGCUGUGUGGAGGGACCCACAGGACCUCCAGGACCUGCUGGACCGCAGGGUGACAGGGGUGUUCCCGGGAUGGUCGGACCUAAAGGAGAUAAGGGUGAUAUAGGACGACCAGGGUCAAAGGGUCGUACUGGGCGUCCAGGUCUGCCUGGGAAACCAGGUUCUGCAGGGCUGCCCGGCCCAGAGGGACCUAAGGGAGAGAAAGGUGACCCAGGACUGAUGGGAAUGCCAGGAAUGAGAGGACCAGUCGGACCUAAAGGCGUGGCAGGGUACAAGGGAGAGAAGGGUGCACGAGGGGAUUUUGGACCUGCAGGUCCAAAAGGAGACAAGGGAGCUACUGGACUGCCUGGUAUGCUGGGACAGAAGGGUGAAAUGGGACCCAAGGGUGAAUCUGGUGUGUCAGGGAAACGUGGCCCUACAGGACGACCAGGCAAGCGAGGCAAACAGGGAGCUGAUGGAGAGAGAGGUUUCUCAGGGCCAGUGGGUCCCAUUGGUCCACCUGGACCCAGGGGCCACCCUGGACCUCCUGGUGUACCAGCAUCAGGGCUGUUUGUAGUUGGGGAAAAAGGCGAAAAGGGAUUGCCUGGUCCUCCUGGAGUCUGUGACUGCAGCUUCCCCUCUCUCAGUCCAGGCAGUGCCCCCUUACAACAUCGAAAUAAAUAUGACAAAGUUCCUGCAAUAUUUGUUGUGGGCAGUGAGGAAGAGCUAAAAGGUCUCCAUGAAAAUAAUGCACUCGCCUUCAGAAAGGAUCAGAGGUCGCUUUACUUUAAAGAUGAAAAUGGAUGGGAGCCCAUUCAGCUGAUGCCGCUCCAGGCAACUGAGAGGAUGAGGGAUGGGAAUGGAGUUUGUGGUGAUGGAGAAGUGCAGGAACUCAAUGGUGAGGAAUGUGACGACGGAAAUAAGGUUGUUACAGAUGACUGCAUAGGCUGUAAAAAGGCAUACUGUGGUGAUGGAUAUCGUAAUGAGGGUGUAGAGGAGUGUGAUGGGAAAGACUUCGGUUACCAGACCUGCAAAUCAUAUCUGCCAGGCACCUUUGGGCAACUCAGGUGCACCGACUCCUGUUUCAUCGACUCAACUGGCUGUAAAUACAGGACCUGAAGACUACAAACGCACACAUGCGCGCGAGGGAAAUCCAGCUGAGAUCAACAGUAUUUAGCUGAUGAUCUGGGAGGAUUUGGCAGAUUCUGUCAUCUCUCCCUCUCUCUCUCUCUCACACACACACACACACACACACACACACACACACACACACACACACACACACACACACACACACACAAUAUAAGGAACAUCUUAACCUGUUCCUUGAUGCUAGUAUGUUUUAAUGGCAGCUGAGCUGAAGGAUGAAUGUUUUGGGUAAGGAAUAUUGUGUAUUGAGAAGAAAUGAUAAAAAGGAAUGUAUAAUAUGUUUAUAUGAAACGUAUUUAUUAGUUUAAUAUCGCUAAUGCAUGAUUAAAGCUUAGCACGUUGCAGUAUCAUGUUAGUUUUCAUUGCUAACAACAGGCUUAGUAUUACGCUGGUACAGCAUGUAUUUAAAAGCAGAUAUUUAUGGUAUUCAUUUAUUUUUUUAUUUAUUGAAAUGUGUCCAAACCUUUAUGAAACUAUGCCUAAUAAUCACGCAAACAAGUUUGUCUUGUACAUGUUUAUUGGGGUUAAAUAAUGUAUUUAGAUUCAGUGAGAGCAAUAAAUUGCAAGCAUGUCCAGUGGGUGGCACUGUU